UGAACAACGACACGAUAAGUAAAUGAUGAUACAAUUGUCAUAUUUGCGUGAAUUGCCGCUUUAAAUUGCUGCAUAAAAGACUCUGUGAUUGUGAGUCUCAUUAAUGACACUUGCUUGAAGACGAGAGUGGGGAAGGAUGCACGUGCCCAGGGGGAGGGACGAAAUCAAAUCCACCUCACGCGAUUUCUGCUCGCGGAAAGAACAACUCAGCCACACAACCGGGAUCCGCAAACAUCCUUUUUACAGUUUAUUCCUUCUCGACUCUUUCACGAAUUUGUUGCUUUCUUUUGGAAAGGGAGACGGACUCCCUACAUGCGAAGCUCGAUGAAUUCUGCGGGGAGAGUGACUUUGUUUUUUCUUUUAAUUGCUCUGAUUACGCAAGAUUGUUUAUCAUCAAAAGGAGAAGACAGGCUGUUUCGUCGUUUAUUCAGGAGGUAUAAUCAGUUCAUUCGGCCAGUGGAAAAUGUGUCUGACCCUGUCACUGUGGAGUUUGAGGUCUCUAUCUCACAGCUUGUUAAAGUGGAUGAAGUCAAUCAGAUCAUGGAAACAAACCUUUGGCUGAGACAUAUAUGGAAUGACUACAAGCUAAAGUGGUUACCAGCAGAGUUUGAUGGAAUUGAGUUCAUCAGAGUCCCAUCAAAUAAAAUCUGGAGGCCUGACAUUGUACUUUAUAACAAUGCUGUUGGAGACUUCUUGGUGGAGGACAAAACCAAAGCUCUUUUGAAAUAUGAUGGAACCAUCACUUGGGUCCCUCCUGCAAUCUUUAAAUCAUCCUGCCCUAUGGACAUCACUUACUUCCCCUUUGACUAUCAGAACUGCUCAAUGAAGUUUGGUUCCUGGACCUAUGACAAGGCCAAGAUUGACCUGGUUCUCAUUGGCUCAAAGGUCAACCUUAAAGACUUUUGGGAGAGUGGAGAGUGGGAGAUCAUUGAUGCACCCGGGUAUAAGCAUGACAUCAAGUACAACUGCUGUGAAGAGAUCUACCCAGACAUAACCUACAGUUUUUACAUACGUCGACUGCCCCUCUUCUACACUAUCAACCUUAUCAUUCCCUGCCUCCUCAUCUCCUUUCUGACAGUACUCGUCUUCUACCUUCCAUCAGACUGUGGCGAGAAAGUGACAUUGUGCAUCUCUGUACUCCUCUCUCUCACUGUGUUCCUUCUUGUCAUUACAGAAACCAUCCCCUCCACCUCACUUGUGAUCCCUCUGAUAGGCGAGUACCUUCUCUUCACCAUGAUUUUCGUCACCCUCUCCAUUGUCAUCACGGUCUUUGUAUUGAAUGUGCACUAUCGCACCCCUAUGACCCACACUAUGCCUAGCUGGGUACGUACCGUCUUCCUCCGAGCUUUACCCCGCAUUAUGCUCAUGCGCCGGCCUCUCGAUCUAUCAGAGUCCUCUGGAAAAGGAGGACUAGAAAGCGGGAGCUCGUCCGGGACUGGAGCAGGACGAGGAGGAGAGGGAAAGAAGAGGAAAAAUAGUGGAUCCCAACAGGGAGUGAUGAACUCUUUGGAAUUUGGGGAAGGGAAAGCAGCAUUAGAAGGAAAGAAAGGGGGAUGUCCAUGUCACCCAAUGAAAGAGGCAACCGAGGGGGAUUGUGGGAAAGUGAGUCGUCAGUUGAGUCCACAGGCUAUUAACACAGUUGUGGCUUUCUCUGUGGUGUCACCAGAGAUCAAACAGGCUAUUGAGAGUGUGAAGUACAUUGCUGAGAACAUGAGGAGCCGCAACAAAGCCAAAGAGGUGGAGGAUGAUUGGAAGUAUGUUGCCAUGGUGAUUGACCGCAUCUUCCUUUGGGUCUUUGUGCUGGUGUGUGUGCUGGGAACUCUGGGGCUUUUCCUACAACCUCUAAUUGGCUUCUUCUCGUAAUUAUCUAUGAAACACAGAUACCAGCUUACCUGUUCUAACCAACAGUUAUUUGAGUCACUGACAUGCUCAUUAUUUAAUUGUGUUCCGUCACUACAACAAAGCUCUAUUAAAACUAUAUACUAGUGUCCUUGUGCAAAAAAAUAGCUAAUCAGGUGUUCUGUUUUUCUCUCUGCCACUAAUCAAUUGAAGACUUAAAGACUGCUUUUUGCCUUUCUAAUCACCUUCCAUCUUGAAGCACUGAAAUGUCCAUAAGAAGACUAAUCAGACUGAUUGGUGUUCUGUGUUCACUACGCACAAUUACAUUCCACUUAUUUCUGAUUACACACACAUAAUAUGUGGUGUUUUAUAUCAAACAACAUGGCCAUCUUCUCUCAACCAACUACUCAACAGUCACUCAGGAAAAUCUGCAACAGGCAGUAACGGUGUAUUUCUUGCAAGUGGGAAUAGAGAAAAUCCAGUUUAAACACAAAUAAAUGUGUUGUGUAGAUUAGUUCACCGAAAUCUUCGAGGAUAAACCAUGAGCCGUGCGAUUAUGGGAUGAAAUUAGUCAAGAAUAUGGGUUAUCUGUAAAUAGAGUUGUAGCAUGGAUGCAUUCCAGAAUUAAAAAUGACUAAUCAGGUCCCGUUUAUGCAAAAAAAAAUUGUUUAAAUGAGAUUAAUUAAUCUUUUUUUUUUUUUUUUUUU